AUGACUCGUCUGGGUUUCAAUCCUGCCACCCGGAUAGGUGUCGCGCUUCUCGCUUUUACGAUCUUCAGGAUCUGCUUCGCGGAAAAGCGAGAGAUUUACUUGGCUCUAAUGGAAGGAGACCCUGUUGCCUUUGCCGGUGUUUCUUCCUCGCCUGAGCACGGGCUUAGCCGGCACAAUUUGAAUAGGAAAGUGUCGAGGGCUCACGCAAAGCGCCUAGCGAAUUCUCAUGACCAACUUCUGCAGAGUGUUUUGGAGACUGGAAGCUACAAGAAGCUGUACAGCUUCAAUCAUGUCAUCAAUGGCUUCUCCGUCCACAUUACAGAAUCUCAGGCCAAGAGGCUGAAAGAAACUCCAGGAGUAAGGCUCGUGGAGAGAGACCGAGGAGCCAAACUGAUGACCACUUACACCCCUCAGUUCCUGGGGUUGCGCCAGGGAGCAUGGAGCCAGCUAGGUGGGCCGAGGAAUGCCGGCGAGGGCAUCGUCCUUGGCUUCGUCGACACCGGGAUCAACCCGGCGCACCCGAGCUUCGCCAACCUCGGCCUCCCACCCUUGAACAACAGCACUUCUCGAUUCUCUGGCGCCGCGUGCGAGGCAGGCCCGCUGUUCCCCGUGUUCUCGUGCAACGGAAAGAUAGUCUCGGCGAGGUUCUUCUCCGCCGGGGCUCGAGCCGCCGGACCUCUCAAUCCAGCGGUGGAUAUUAUGUCACCUUUCGACGCUGUUGGGCAUGGAAGCCACGUGGCGGCAAUAGCGGCGGGGAAUCCAGACGUGGCGGUCGUCGCUAAUGGCUUGUAUGGAUGGGCCAGCGGGGUGGCGCCUGGAGCAAGAAUAGCCGUCUAUAAGGCUGUGUACCCCACCUUGGGAACGAUGACGGAUGUAGUCGCCGCGAUCGACCAAGCAGUGCGUGAUGGAGUGGAUGCAUUGUCGCUAUCGGUAGGGCCGGAUGAAGCGCCGGAGGAUACGCCCACCUUGCUGAGCGUGUUCGACAUGGCGAUGCUGUCCGCGAGGAGAGCCGGCGUGUUCGUGGCGCAGGCGGUGGGCAACAAGGGACCCUCCCCCUCCACCGUGUUGGCCUACGGCCCCUGGACCGUGGGCGUCGCCGCCGCCUCCACCGACCGGACCUACCCUGUCUCUCUCCUCCUCGGCAGCGGCCAAAGAAUCUCAGGGGUUGGCUUGACAGGACCAACUCUAGGAAACGGCAUGAUUCAAUACAAGCUCGUCCUAGCCAAGGAUGCAAUCCUCCCGUACGGGGUUUUCCCCAGGACACCGCCGUACACCGAGGAGUGUCAGUCCCCUCGAGCCCUGGACCCUACUGUAGUGCUGGGCAGCGUAGUCAUCUGCACUUUCUCCGCCGGCUUCUUCAACCGCACCUCCUCCCUCACCGCGAUCCUCAACACAGCAAUAUCUCUCAGGUUCAGAGGCUUUGUCCUUGUCGCGAACCCGGCGUACGGCGACUUCAUCUCCGAGCCGAUUCCCUUUCCUGUUCCUGGGAUGAUGAUCCCGAGAGUGGCCGAUGCACAGAUCCUGUCGCGGUACUAUGAGCAGGAGACGGUAAGAGGUCGAGGAGGAGCGGCAACCAGAUUCGGCGCGACGGCUGCCAUCAGGGAAGGAAGAGUGGCUUCAUUUGGCGGGAGAGCGCCGACUGUGAGCAGAUUCUCUUCAAGAGGACCGGACUAUAUUGAUGUCAAGAAGACUCCUAUGGAUGUGUUGAAGCCGGAUAUCCUCGCCCCUGGCCACCAGGUGUGGGCGGCAUGGAGCCCCAUGAGCGCCUCCGAACCUAUUCUCGUCGGACAGAGUUUUGCAUUGCUUUCCGGGACAAGCAUGGCGACGCCCCACGUCGUCGGAGCAGCAGCACUCAUCAAGCAAGUCAAUCCAUCAUGGACACCUUCCAUGAUUGCAUCGGCGAUGCUGACAACCGCCACCAAGCGCGACAGCUAUGGAGACCUUAUAAUGGCUGAGGGUUCGGACUUUAGCAGCCUCAGUCGCGCCACUCCUUUCGAUGUCGGCUCGGGUCUUCUCAAUCCAACCUCCGCCCUCAAUCCCGGCCUCGUCUUCCCUUCAGAUUACGAAGACUACAUCAGCUUCCUGUGCUCUUUACCUAAGAUUGACCCGUCCGUGGUGGAAGCAGCCACCGGAGAAUCUUGCGCUCGCCCGCUCACCUACCCAUCUGACUUGAACCUUCCUUCAGUAACAAUAUCCGCACUUGCCGGAGUUCGAACGGUGCGCAGGAGGGUGAAGAACGUGAGCGCCAGGCAGCUGACGUUCGUGGUCUCGAUGCGACCACCGAAUGGAACUGUGAUAAGCGUGAACCCACCUUGGUUCACAAUAGACCCUCAAGGAGUUCAAGAUCUUGAUAUGGAAAUUAGAGUUACAAAAGCAUCGACCGAGCUCGGCCAGUUCCACCACGGCGAAGUCGUCCUGACAGGACCGGCCGAUCCAAGUAGCCAGUCCUUGUUGGAGGUGCCUAUUACUCUUUCCAUAAGAGUUCAACCAGGCGGCUGAUUUCGUGCCGAGUAGUGCAUGAUUCAAAAGAUGUA